AUGUUUUAUCCAUCAUUAUCAGGAACACUUGCACAUGGAUACAAUAAUGGACUCCUUAUGUCUGUAUAUUUUUUAUGUCGUUUUUUUAUUUUUCAAUCAAGUUAUGGAACGUUUGUCCUCAGUGUCAAUCGUCUUGUGUCAAUAAUUUUUCCCUACAAAGAUUACCAUAAUAACAAGAAAUUUUUAAUAAUUUUUCUACCGUUUUAUAUUUUACUUCCCUUAUCAUUUACAUGGUUUUUAAUUCCAUCUGCAAUUUUAUUAGUUCCAGUUGGUAAAUAUUUUUCUGAUGAUCACAAAAUGUUCAUUAUUGGAAAUAAAAAACCUGAAUUUUAUAAAGGUCCUUCUGUAAGUAAAAGUUUAUAUUUAUAUUUAUUAAUUAUGGGAACAAUUCAACUUCUAUUAAAUAUUAUAACGUCACUCAAGUUAGUGUAUAUUAAAUUUAAUAAAAAGUCAAAUGCGUCAACAACUAAUAAUAAACAAGAACAUAAACUUAUAAUUUUUACAUUAAUAACUUAUUUAUUUCAAAUAUGUUUUAUUAUUCAAAACAAUCUUAUUAUGUUAUAUAUUAAUGAUGAAGAUGAAACAAUUAGUACCUACUUGGUAGGAAUUGGUAUUAAACUUGUUACUUUACAGAUGUUUGGUACAUUGUGUGGAUUAAUUGUAAUGAGUAAAGUUUUAAGAGAUAAAUUAUUUAAUUUUGUUGCUGUUAAAAAAAGUACAGUAUCAACAAUCAAUAUUAGAAGUCAUAGUAAAUAA